AUGGCAACACUUGUCACCUCUCUCCUCUCCGCGCACGAGUCGACCAUGUCGGCUAAUACGCACGGUCUCGGUCGCCGUCUGUGCCUUUUACCUAUCUACUCCGGCGACGACCUAGCGGCUAACGGCGAGCUUGAAUCAGCGCUCGGUAAGUACAUCGCCGCCGUGAGUUGCGAUGUGGCACAGCACGGAGAGGCGCAUCCGGACGUAGCGGCGCGGUACGCUAGUGUCGGCGCGUUGUACUGCACCGCCGACGACCCGUCGACUGCAAACGAGUAUCUCGCCGAGGCUAUCCGAGUGGAGGAGUCCACGCGUACAGCGUUUUCUCGCAUCUCCCUAGCAAGAUUCCUCAACGGCCUUGCGACGUGCCGCAUAGCGCUGGGAGAUCCAUUUGGCGCGAGGGCAGUGUACACUCGAGCGUUGGAACACCUUAGAAGGGUGUUACCAAACGACGUCGCGGCAGCAGUAGCGAGAGAGGAAGAGGUUGUUAACCGUACCUUUUUUUGCGAUGAACUUGCGGAAGGCGUAGUGCUCGAAGAAUAUGCGACACAUACAAACAUGGUGGCAAUCCUUGGCGAAGGAGGUACGCUGAACACAGUGGCAGAUGUCUUGAACAACCUUGGCCUGCUGAUGAAGUCUAACAACGCCGUAACAGCUGCAACGCGGCUCUGUGCGCGCGCAGUCUCUCUUGGCACUGUAGCUUUGGGGCGUUCGAGCCCUGCCAACGCACUACGUUUGCGUAACCUUGGCGCGGUGCUCGUCGCGCGUGGGAAGGUGCACGAGGCUGUUCAGCGAUUCACUGCUGCGUACAACGAUUGCUUGCUUUGGUACGGUGAAGAGCAUCCAGAGACAAACGCUUGCCUAGAAUGGUUGAAGUGGGCAAAGGGAAAUCAGGUUGGAGGCCAUGAGGAGAGUGAUGAUAAACCUGAAGGAGUUAUGGCACUGCCUGAGGUGGCUGAGUGGUUUUUGUCGCUGCUGUUCUGUGGUGCCUUUGAUUCGCCACCAAUGAUUGAGGCUGCGGCUGUCGCCGGGAUCGACGCUGUUGACUUAGAUAACUGGCACUCGCGCGAAACGAGCGUUACCACUCCAAACGAAUUUGCUGUACCACUCAGCCCCAACCUCUCGCGCGUCAUUCCAAUAUUUCGUGUUGAGGAGGGACCUUUACACCCCCUCGAUCCACGAGAUGGCGAAGACCUACUGGGACCGUACCAGUCGUACAAAACAACCGUGCCAGGAGGCGAGGCGGGAGCGUUAGUGUGGUCAUCAAUUGCAGCAGAAAUCUCAGAAAUCGCCGACAGUGGCUCGGCAUUUCCGAGAGGGAAGAAUUACAUCACAGACUUUCUGCGACAAGCACCAGAUUGUGGUGACUUAGUUAAAGGGUACGCGCAUAUGCCACGGUCACUUCUCUUGCCCUACUCCGCGUUCUCUGGGUACGGCUCUUCUCGAACAAGGGUGAAUGUAGCGACAAAGAGUCCCUACUGA